GUUGCAUCGCUCACUGUGCUUCAUGUAAACGUUCUGUCUUUCAGUAAAAUUUAUCGUAAAUUUGAUAUCUUAAGUGGAAGGAAAAAUCAAGUCAGGAAAGGCAGUAGCGCGUAACUUCAACGUAAAAACCCUCGGAUCAAAGAGAUCUCCCCUCACCAAAGUGUCCUGCGAUGAAAUUGCUGAGUUUCACCUUAGCAUGCUUGGUGGCCUUCCUCACAAGAGGGGUUCCCACCCUCACAUGGAAACUUCCUACCCUCACAAGAGGGUUGGCGGCCCCCAAAAAAGGGAUGCCUACCCUCGUAUGGAGGAUGGUUGCCCUUGUCGUCACGCUUCUGCCAUCCACGGCCGCACAGCUGGGCAGGAACGUCAGGGCCGGCGACGUCGUGUACAACGUACCAUUCAUAGCGUGGCCCGGCGCCGUGGUGCCGUACGUCUUCGCCAGUACCUUCAGCAGCGAGGACGUGGCAGCGAUGCAGCGCAACAUGGCCGCCAUCUCGGACGUGUCGUGCGUGCGCUUCGUGCGACGUACCAACGAGACGUCCUACCUGGACCUCCUUANUGGGGCACAUUCUCUGUGA